UCUGAUGCAGAUUCAGAAGUGUGAAUUGGUCUUGAUCCACACCUACCCAGUUGGUGAAGACAGCCUUGUUUCAGAUCGGCCUAAAAAAGAGCUUUCGCCAGUUUUAACCAGUGAAGUGCACAGUGUCCGUGCGGGACGGCAUCUGGCUACAAAACUGAAUGUUUUAGUACAACAGCACUUUGAUCUGGCUUCAACCACAAUCACCAACAUUCCUAUGAAGGAAGAACAACACGCUAACACGUCAGCCAACUACGAUGUGGAACUUCUUCAUCACAAAGAGGCACAUGUUGACUUUUUAAAGAGCGGUGAUAAUCACGCCGGCGGCAAUAGCAGAGAAGGCACGUUUAAAGAAACCGUGACGUUGAAGUGGUGUACUCCUCGAACAAACAGUGUGGAAUUACAUUACUGCACCGGGGCGUACAGAAUUUCACCAGUUGACGUAAACAGCAGACCUUCUUCAUGCCUCACAAACUUUCUCCUUAAUGGCCGUUCUGUUCUGUUGGAACAGCCACGCAAGUCUGGCUCUAAAGUAAUUAGUCACAUGCUCAGCAGCCACGGAGGAGAAAUUUUUCUGCAUGUGUUAAGCAGCUCACGAUCAAUUCUAGAAGAUCCCCCAUCGAUUAGUGAAGGGUGUGGUGGAAGAGUCACUGACUACCGGAUUACAGAUUUUGGUGAAUUUAUGAGGGAAAACCGAUUAACUCCUUUUCUAGAACCCAGAUAUAAGAUCGAUGGAAGUCUUGAAAUUCCAUUGGAACGUGCAAAAGAUCAGUUAGAGAAACAUACUCGUUACUGGCCCAUGAUCAUUUCUCAGACUACCAUCUUCAACAUGCAAGCUGUCGUGCCGUUAGCCAGCGUGAUUGUAAAAGAAGCAAUGACUGAUGAGGAUGUGCUCAACUGUCAAAAAACAAUAUACAAUUUGGUAGACAUGGAGAGGAAAAAUGAUCCGCUGCCGAUUUCAACAGUUGGUACCAGAGGAAAGGGUCCAAAAAGGGAUGAACAGUACCGGAUUAUGUGGAAUGAAUUGGAGACCCUUGUACGAGCGCACAUUAACAACUCCGAUAAGCACCAGCGAGUCUUGGAGUGUUUGAUGGCUUGCAGAAGCAAACCCCCGGAGGAGGAGGAGCGCAAGAAACGAGGGAGAAAGAGGGAGGACAAAGAUGACAAGUCAGAGAAGCUGGGCAAAGACUAUGAGUCGGAUAAGCCCUGGCAAGAAUCAGAAAGGUUAAAAGGUAUUUUGGAGCGUGAAAAGGAAGAACUAGCAGAAGCUGAAGUUAUCAAAGAUUCCCCUGAUUCUCCUGAGCCACCCAACAAAAAGCCUCUUAUUGCAAUGGAUGAGAUGCCCACAGUAGAAAAGGCAAAAGGGCCAAUGUCCUUGCUGUCCUUAUGGAGCAACAGGAUUAAUACUGCCAACUCUAGGAAACACCAGGAAUUUAUUGGUCGUUUGAAUUCUGUCAACAAUAAAGCUGAGCUAUAUCAACAUCUGAAAGAAGAAAAUGGGAUGGAAACGACAGAAAACGGAAAAGCAGGCCGGCAGUGAUGAUUAAUUUUGUUCUUUGGACAAAACUUGGCCGAAUUACAGAAAUAUUUAAUGCUGGAAUUGAUAUUGGUACCAUUUCAGUACAAUUGUAUAGCUCUGUUUUUACAUUUUUCUAUUCUUAUUUUUGCUAUGAAAUACGGAGUCCGUGUAUCACAUUAGAUGAAUAGUGUGCAAAUAGGAGCUGUCCUGAAGUAUUUUACGGUCAUGUUUUUUUUAGGAUGAAGAAAACCUGUGCUGCCAUGGACUAUAUCAAGUAAUAAAGAAUGUUAGUCAGAGUUUAUAAGUACUUUCCCAUAAGUAUUGUUUAAUAUUUCAAAAUCAGUGAUGACUGU